AUGCCUGCUACUACUACCAACUGGAAGACCAUUGCUGCCCAGCACCGCGAGAAGCAGCGUGAUGCUGUACCGACAGAAUGGCUCCUCCCAGAGAAACAACUCCAGGGACUGAAGAAUACUGGAGAUGGUAAUGGUAGUAAGCUUAUUGAGUCAAAGGCCGUUCAUAGGUCUGGACUUCUUACGGAGAAGGAGAUUGUUAUCACGGAGCGGUAUACUGCUGCUGAGUUGUUGAGCAAGAUACAUUCUCAGGAACUCACCUCAGAGGAAGUUACCGUGGCGUUUUCCAAGCGUGCAAGUCUCGCUCAACAAUUGACAUCGUGUUUGACGGAGAUUAUGUUCAAGGAGGGUAUCCAGAGAGCUAAAGAGCUUGAUGAGCAACUAAAGACAACUGGAAAGCUGGCUGGUCCACUCCACGGGUUGCCUAUUAGUCUCAAGGACUCAUAUCGUGUAAAAGGCCACCAUGCCACCGUCGGAUACGUUGAGUUUCUUCGUCAACCAAUUCCUGACCACAACUCUGCGCUUGUUGACUUGUUGCUCGACGCUGGAGCUGUUUUGUACUGCAAGACAAACCUGCCCCAGACAAUGAUGACAGCAGAUUCGGAGAACAACAUCUUCGGAAGAACCCUCAACCCUCACAACACCAGCCUCACAGCAGGUGGUUCAACUGGUGGCGAAGGCGCUCUAGUCGCCUUCAGGGGAUCUCCUCUCGGCGUCGGCAGCGACAUCGCCGGCUCCAUCCGCAUUCCCUCCUUAUGCUGCGGUAUCUACGGUUUUAAACCCACUUCUGAACGCGUUCCCUUCGGGGGCCAAUCAGAAUAUCCUUUCCCUAAGGAUCAUCUCCCUGGUGUUGCACCAGUCGGUGGACCCAUGGCCAAUUCCAUCGAAGAUCUUGAGUUGUUCAUGAAGAUCACCCUUGCUCAACGGCCUUGGAAUUAUGACCCCACUGUUGUUGAUGUUCCUUGGAGAGAGCUUGGCGACGAGGAUAAGAAGCUUACCAUUGGUGUCAUGGCUGAAGACCCUGAGUAUCCUCUUCACCCACCAGUUCGACGCGCUUUGGCAAAGGCUGCCUCUACACUCGAGAAAGCAGGCCAUAAGCUCGUUCAUCUUUCCCAAGAUCCCAAGCGUAACGCCGGUCUUGGAGCAAGGAUCGGAUUCCAAUUAUUUAGCAUUAUGGGCCCUGAUCUUGAUACCGUAUCCCGUGAGAUCGGCGAGCCACUUGUUAACUCUGUGGCCAUCGCUGUUCAUCCCUUUGCCAACGGAAACUUCCCUGUUCCUCCGGAUCUGGAGAUUUCUGCGAAGAUAUCUCGGCUGAAUGAGGCUCGCUUUGAGUACCUUAAGGCUUGGCAGGAGACGUAUCGGGAUAACAAGCUUGAUGUUAUUCUUGCUCCUGGAGCUGCUACCACGGCUAUUCCUCAUGAUACAUAUGGUGUUCCCAUUUACACUCUUAUGUGGAAUGUCUUGGAUUUCCCUGCUGGUAUUAUUCCCUUCGGUAACUCAUCCAAGUUUGAAGACUCCGAACACGUUAAGGCCAAGGCCCCGUUCGAUCCUGAUUACAUUCCAGAGGCUACAGACGGAGCACCAACCGCAAUUCAAAUCAUUGCACCACGAUUUAGAGACGAAGAAUGUCUCCGAGCGAUGAACAUAGUAGACAAGACCAUUAGGAACUCCCGAGCAGAGAAACUUUAG